UAAUUUGUCAAAUUUAACGUAUAAAAGAUAAAGACAACGUAAACACAGGAAUACCGUUCCGCGUCCUUCCAAGAAAUGUUGUUACAUUGUGUUCUUUUCCUCGUUUAACAGUUUAGUAUGAAAUUAACACUUAAAAGUAAAAUACGAGAUCCAGAUGAGAGCAAUCGGUUUGAUGUACUAUUACAUCUUGAGCUGAAUUUAUAUUGGCCCAGUAGCAUUCCAGUUCAGUAAUCCAAAUUCAUUUGUUUUCAUUCCAGUACAGUGCCGUAAUUCCAGUAAGCAACCCGGCACAACGACUGGUUCUAAAGUUUACUUUCGGCAUUCCAGCGUUACCGAAAUCGUUUAGACAGUUCAAUAUCCAUUGCUGGUUAGAGCAUAGUACAGUGUACAUCAGUUUGUGUUUUUAAUUAAAAAUGGCGAAAAAAUUAAACAAAAAUCAAACUUCUAAGUUCGUUACUCUGUACAGAGAGCAUGAGUGCUUGUGGGACAUCGCGUCUAAAGAUUAUAAAAAUAAGGCUAUGCGUGAAUCUGCCUUGAAAAAGAUUUGCGAAGAUAUGCAAAUGGAAGGUUUUGGCGUGGAAGAUGUUAAAAAUAAAAUAAAGUCUAUUCGAUCUACUUAUUACUUAGAAUUAGACAAGAUUAAAAGGUCAACUACAUCUGGUGCUAGUGGCAAUGUAUAUGAACCUAAAAUGAAAUGGUUUACAGAGCUGGAUUCUUUUAUAAAAAAUGUGGUGGUCAAAAGAAAAACGCCCGACAAUAAUGACAGUACCCAGUCUGAAUCGGAAAAUAAUGUUACUGCAGCCCCUACUAUAUGUUCUGAAAUAGAAUCAUCUAAAACGAAAUCAAAAAAGAAUAAAAUGUCACGGCUGUCUUCAAUAGUUAGUAGCGCGAAAUUGCUACAAAAUGACAUAUGCAGAGUAGAAGAAGAAGAUGAAUUCGAUGUCUUCGGAAAGCACGUCGCAAAACAAUUACGAAAACUUUCAACUGAACAAGGUAUCGUAGCUCAAGAAGAAAUUCAAAGCGUGAUAACGAAAUAUCGAUUAAAUGAUCUGCGUUAUUUCAAUGAUUAAUAAUAAUCAGAUUAAACUAACUUAAUUUAAUGCUCUAUAUAUUUCGCGCCAGACCACUGGUACAAAUUUUUAUGUAGAGGAUUUAGAUAUCCGGAAGAAAUGACUGAGGUUUUUAUAAUUACUUCCAACGGUCAGGGAAGAUAGUGUGACUUCUAAUAUUAAUUUUGUUAAUCACUUUGUGCUGUUACGUUAAAUGUUACUUGAGAUUAAGGAUAAUAAUUCUUCAAACUUUA